AUGACUGAGAGUCGAUGUCAGCCGUUGAAGGACAUGGCGGUCGGAGGGGAUGCUGCUGCCAUGGGGGGACCCUAUCAGUCUGAUUUUGUGGCCAAAAUUUAUCGUGACUCUGCCGGACGCGAAAUUGAUUACUUGUCCCAGGCUAGGAAAGCGCUGGCUGAACGUUCCCCUUUUGAUGUUGCUGAUGAAACUUCGACUUCCACUGCGCUUACACUGCCCAGUGGGUUGGCUGGUUUGCUGAACCGGCAGACUGAUAACAGGAGACGUCCUAAGAAGUCCCAUUCAGGUGGGCAUAAGAGAAAGUCUUCCACUAGGGCAAACCAGAAGAAGCCCGAGGAUUCUAACAUUUGGAUUGAGACUGAGGAGUACUUUAGGGACUUAACCUUGGCUGAUAUUGACACCUUGUUUGAGUUCUCUCGCACUUCUAGUUUAGCUUCUCAGGACUGGUUCUCCAUUCCGCAAGUGGGAAAUGCUCCCAGGUACAAUGCAGUUACUAGUAGUAGGGAGAUUGAGAUGGAGCCUGUUCCAAAAUUCAAUAUAGGAGUCAGUAGUGAGGAUGAAAAGAAGGUUGGUGAAACUGUGGAAAAUGAGGAUGAAUUGUUGUUAAUUGAGACAAUUGAAGAUGUUGAUGUUGAACAAACUUGUUCUCAGGAUGACAAGAAUCAAGACAUUUCGGAUUCUGUUAGUUUAGAGUGGUUUUUAGGUUGUAGGAAUAAACUUUCUCUGGCUUCUGAGCGACCCUCUAAGAAAAGGAGACUUUUGGGUGUUGGAGCUGGAUUAGAGAAAGUUAUAAUGACUAGUCCUUGUGAUGAUGAUCAACCGUUUUGCCAUUAUUGUGGCCGGAGAGACACUGGCAGAGUCCCCAAUAGGUUAAUUAUCUGCACAUCUUGUAAAAUGGUGGUUCACCGGAAGUGCUAUGGUGUUCAUGAUGAUGUAGAUGAGGCUUGGCUGUGCACUUGGUGCAAGCAAAUGGGUGAUGUUGAUGAAUCAGUGAAUCCCUGUGUUCUUUGCCCAAAGAAGGGUGGGGCAUUAAAACCAGUUAAUAGCAGUGAGGAAGGUGCUGGUUCUGUCCAGUUUGUGCACCUAUUUUGCUCUCUGUGGAUGCCUGAGGUUUAUGUAGAUGAUUUGAAGAAAAUGGAACCUGUUAUGAAUGUGGGGGAAAUCAAGGAAACCCGGAAAAAAAUAGUUUGUAGUGUUUGCAAAACAAAGAGUGGUGCAUGUGUUCGGUGUAGCCAUGGUAUGUUUCAUUGGCAUGCCAUAGACCCCUCUUGGGCAACUCGACCUGUUUCCAUCCCUAUUCUCAUGGAAGCUGCAGAACAUCUUUCCACCCUUCAUGUGCAAGGGAAGCUAGACAUAGGAUGGAGGUUUGGGCAAAGUAUGGUUGAGUUGCGAGCUUUUUGCUUGAAACACUCAGAUCUACCAGAGAACAGAAGCGUCUUGCCACAGGAAGGCUCUAUUGAGGUUAGAAAUGAACUUUCAGAAGCCAAUAGCCUUCCAGUGACAUUGCCAGUGAGUGGUGAACACAACUUGAGAGAUUGCAGGAAUGGAGGAUUAGCCUCUGAUAGUAAUCCAGACAAAUUGAACCAUAAUGAUGAACCACUAGAUGGAGUAUUACCUGAUUGCAGGUUAAGUGCUCAUAUGCUGGGAUGUGGUGCUACCCCCCAACAAAAUAUUGAAGUGGUAGGGAGAGUGACGGAGAAUGUUGAUGCAUCUGAUUCUCUCAGUUUUGCUCUAGUUUUGAAGAAGUUGAUUGAUCGAGGAAAAGUUGAUGUCAAAGAUGUAGCAUUGGAGAUUGGCAUUUCACCAGAUACUUUAACUGCAAAUACCAAUGAAGCUUAUAUGGCCCCUGAUGUCCGGCACAAAAUAGUGAAUUGGCUAAAAGCCCAUGUAUAUACUAGUGCAUUUCAGAAGGGUUUAAAGGUUAAAUUCAAACCAGCUAAUGCAUCCAAAAAUGAUAGUGGAGCCACAGAUGGCUCUGAUACUUUAUCAAUAUCAGACUCGGGUUUGCUGGAUCCUGUUGCUGUUAAGUCAGUUCCACCAAGGAGAAGAACAACCAGUAACAUUAGGAUUUUGAAGGAUAAUAAAGUGAUAUGUUCAUCUGAGGGGGUUACAAGUGAGAAUGGGAUGACGGUGCACAUGUGCAGAGUAGGCCAGUCCAACUGUGACAAUCCAACAAGUUCCAAUGAAGCAUCCAUUCAAAAUGCAUCUGAAAUGAUGUGUUGCCAGAACACAGACAAGUCUGAGGAUAUUUUUCCUGAAGUUCAAGGCAAUGCUGAUAAACCUUACAGAUCCUGCGUAACUGGGUACAAUACAGAAGACAAGUCUACUACAUGUUUGCAAAAUCCUACUACACAUUCAUAUCAGCACUGUCUUGUUCAUUCUGCUUCAGAACCAUCUGAUUCUGGUUUCAUAAAGGGUGCAGUUUCUAGUUAUAUUCAUCCAUUCAUCAACAAGAAAUUGCUGCAGAUUCGUGAUGGGCUUCCCUCAGAGGAUGUUAUAUGUUCAGGUGAUAACAGAAAUUCGAAUUUGCUUGAAUCCUUUGGGGCUAGUGGCUGCUCAAACAGCCAAAAUCAGAAGUUAACUUGCAGUGACAUGUCAAAGCCUUACGAGAGGGAACAAUUGGUUAGGACUAAAAAAAUGGAACUGUUGGAUUUUCCCCCGCAGGAUGAACUGGAGGGGGAACUUGUUUAUUUUCAAUAUAGGUUAUUGCAGAAUGUGGUUGCAAAAAGGAGGCAUAUUGAUAAUUUAAUCUACAGUGUUGCCAAGAGUUUACCGCAAGAGAUUGAUAAGACACAUCAACAAAGAUGGGAUGAUGUUAUUGUUAAUCAAUAUCUACGUGAUCUUAGAGAGGCAAAAAAGCAGGGCAGAAAAGAAAGAAAGCACAAGGAGGCACAGGCCGUAUUGGCUGCUGCAACUGCUGCUGCGGCAGCAUCUACUAGGGCAUUCCGAAAAGACUCCUUAGAUGAUUCUAUGCAACAGGAGAAUUUGUUAAAAUUGGACACUUUAAAUGGAAGGACAGGUGCUUGUUCUCAACCAAUGCCUCGAGCCAAAGAGACACUUUCUAGAGUAGCUGUGACUAGAACUUCAUCAGAGAAAUAUUCAGAUUUUUGCAUGCCAAUCUCAGAUUUUUCUAAGGAGCAAUGUAAAUCAUGUGAUAUUUGUAGACGAUCAGAAACUAUUUUAAACCCUAUCCUAGUCUGCUCUGGUUGCAAGGUAUUAGUGCACUUAGAUUGCUAUCGUAGUGUGAAAGAAACAACAGGUCCGUGGUACUGUGAGUUAUGUGAAGAUUUGUCAUCUAGAAACUCUGGAGCAUCUGCUAUCAAUUUUUGGGAGAAGCCUAAUAUUGGAGCAGAAUGUGCUCUCUGUGGUGCUACUACUGGUGCUUUUAGGAAGUCUUCUGAUGGUCAAUGGGUUCAUGCUUUCUGUGCUGAGUGGGUUUUUGAGUCUACAUUCAAAAGAGGACAACUAGAUGCAGUUGAAGGAUUGGAAACUGUGCCAAAAGGAGUUGAUAUUUGUUGCAUCUGCCACCGCAAGCAUGGUGUAUGCAUGAAGUGUUGUUAUGGCCAUUGCCAGACCACAUUCCAUCCAUCCUGUGCUAGAAGUGCUGGUUUGUACAUGAAUGUGAGAACUGCUGGUGGCAAGGCUCAACACAAAGCUUACUGUGAAAAGCACAGUUUGGAGCAAAAAACAAAGGCUGAAAAUCAAAAACAUGGAAUUGAAGAGUUAAAAAGUAUCAGGCAAAUUAGGGUUGAACUAGAGAGAUUACGUCUCCUCUGUGAAAGAAUUGUUAAACGUGAAAAAAUAAAGCGGGAAUUAGUACUAUGUUCACAUGACAUUCUCGCCUUUAAAAGAGAUAAUGUUGCUAGGUCUGUCCUGGUUCAUAGCCCUUUCAUCCUUCCAGAUGGUAGUUCAGAAUCAGCUACAACGUCCCUGAAAGGGAACACAGAGGGAUACAGAUCGUGCAGUGAACCACUCCAAAGAUCGGAUGAUGUUACUGUUGACAGUUCUGUUUCUGCUAAGCACCGUGUCAGAGUCGCCAUAUCUAUGGACACAGACCCAAAAUUAGAUGAUGACUGCUCAACCUCCCAAAGCAAAUAUAACCACAAUAUUCCAGAAAGAACUCAAUUUUCUGGCAAGAAGAUUCCUCAGAGAGCUGCUGCAUCACGAAAUAUUUCAGAUGAAGGUGGAUGGAGGUCUAAAUCUAGAAAGCAUGCUGAAACAUUUGGAAAGGAGCUUGUUAUGACGUCAGAUGAAGCAUCUAUGAAGAAUUCAAUGCUACCGAAAGGAUAUGCAUAUGUUCCUGCUGAUUGCCUGUCAAAUGACAAGCACUCUAACGAGGAUGUAUAUGCUAGUGGGCCAGUGGAGCAUGACAGGUAG